UCACACACAGUACACAAAACACCAAACAUAAACUGAAGUCAUUGGAGCGUGUUAAGGGGGCGGGAGGGGGAACUUCUUGAAGUUCCUUAUGUUCGCAGCGGAAAUUAGCCGACAGUUAGGCUAAGAUCAGAUCUCAGAACCCCGGUCUCCAAUAAUGAAAACUUAAAUUCUUACUUCUACUUUCAAAAAUCAUCGGUUGAUGUGAUAAUAAGCCAGGCAUCCCUGUCCUGAAAAGCACCAAAUGGACUUUUGGCGGCAACACAUGUUGAUAUGGAUGCUAAUAGGUAUACUAUUGGCAUCUUUGGUGGUAAUCCUCAUCUUCUUUCUAAUCAACAAGUAUAUAACCCGUAAAGGUCCAUCUAAAGGAUAUUUCGAACCCUGCAAUCCCCCUGUACUGAAUGUCGAAAACAACAUAUAUUUAUCAAAGAAGCUGGAAGAGGUUGUGCCUCCCUUACCACCGAGGACUCAGUUUGAUAGUGAUAGUUACGAGAGCAUCAGAGAACUGCCCGAGUAUAUUAAGGUGGACGAAGAAGAGGCAAUGGUUCUUCCACCACCGACAAAGACAACUCAAAGCUGUCCUUCAGUUGACAUGUCUUUGGAGGACUACGACGAUAUUGGGGAGGAAAACCACAACCAGGGAGAAGAUUAUGAUGACGUAGGAUAAUUUAGAGGGAAGACAUGGAUGUGAUUUCGAUAUGAAGGAGUUCGUACAGAAUGUUUGUAUCAACGUUUAUUUAAUAGCCUACCUAGAUCUGUGCGUAACUAAUUAAAUUAAGGCAUUGGGUAAAGCCAAUAUUGCCAUUGACUCCCUUUUUUACCCUUUCAAAAUGCUCAACGUAUGAAUAAGCCUACUGCAUUAAGGUCAAUCAUGAGUUUGUGUUGCAGCACAUUUGAAUGUACCGUAUAUGAGCAGCAGCUUUAAAUAUAUAAUUUAAGGCUUUUUAUCGAUUCUGCUGUGGCUCACACAUAUGAAUAGCAACAAUUUCCCCUGUACUUCAUUAAAAUAAAAGAGCUGCUUUAGGAAAUGCUUUUGUUCUAUUGUUCUAUUGCAUCACAUUGAUAGAUAUAAUUUAAUGUGUGGAGACAUGUGAAUCACGAACGCUGCCCUAAAGGAUUGAUGGAUGGAUGAGCAGAUGAAUGGAGAGAUAGUGAUACUAAUUGACAGAUAUUAUUUUGUUAAUUAAUUAGAUACAAUUUAAAUGUGUGAACACAUUUGUGAUAAAGUCUAUGCUGCCCUAAAGGAAGGCAAUUAAAUAACAUCUGGAUAGGUUCAUUGAGUUAACUCAUUGAGCACAGAGGAAAGGUAUUCCUAUGAGUAACUUUAAUUGGGAACCAUUGACUGUAAAAACCAACAAAAGAGUCAUAAACACACAGCAGGCUCGCUUGUUAUCAGAGGUUUUAGUUCCACUGGUUACAUUCCUGCAACUUCGCGUACACGUCAUACCGAUCCAUCUAGCAAUGCCAUUAAAAGUAUAAUUUUUCACGUCAGUCCAAUCAUUCGUUUCGAUUCCGAAUGUCUGGCUUACGUGUGUCAAAAACGACCCUUGUUUUGACAAAACGUAUACAGAAAAAACAGCUCAAGACGGAAGUGCAUAUGGAACCGGAUGCUGCACGGACACUAGUGGGAGCUGUCUCUCAGGUUUCUGAUGGGGUUGCCAGUCUCUCAGAUAGUCUACGGUCGGAGCACACUUCGCAUUCCGACGUGAACGAAAUGUAACCGAGAGGGCUUAUGUUUCAAAUCGUCCGAAACGCAGGGAAGAAAUACAAUGUCCAACCUAAAGGAAGCAAACUCUUGCCCUGACGGCUACAGGGCUCUGAGCACCAGCGAACUCCGAGAGCUUCUACAAAAUGAGGACAAAAUGGACCAAAUCAUUAAUCUCAAUGAAAAGUUUCAGGAACUGCAGCUGCAGAGAGAGUCCCUGCUCGCCUCCAACCGGGGGCUGGCCGAGGAGAGCCUGGCCCGCCGGCCGCCGCUCAACACCGGCAAGCUCCAGCUGGCCGAGAAGUACCGCCAGCUCUCCGACCUGACCACCGUGUGCCGGGAGAAACGGAAGCAGCUGGAGACCCAUGGGCCCAGGAGCAGCCCACAGGCGGCCCAGACCCUGCUGCGGGAAGAGGUGGCGCAGGCCGAGGAGCAAUCGGAGGAGCUGUUGGAGAGGUUCAUGGAGGGCAGCGUGAACCUGGAGUCCUUCCUGGAGUCCUUCCAGAGCUCCCGGAAGACCUACCACGUCCGUCGCGCCCAGGUGGAGAAGGUCCAGGAGCUGUGCCGGCCCAAGCGGCCCUCGAGCGAGACCAAGCCCGCCCCGGCGCUCCAGAAGGCCGUGCCGGAGGUCAGGAAGGACCCCGAGACGGCCCCCCCGGAGGCCCUCGUGCGGCCCAACGGCUUCGUGGCCCAUGGGCCCCUGCGCGUCUUCCACCUGCGCUACGGCCUGACGCCCGCCAUCCUGCUGCCCCACUGCCCCUCCGCCGCGCCGCGCCCCAGCCAGGCCCUGAGCCCCCAGGGCGGGGCCCCCCCGCCGGUGCACCUGGACCAGCAGCUCCCCAGCCCGGGCCAGGGCCACCUCCUCAGCCCCAGCGGCCACGGCCAGCCCGUGGGCUUGCGCGUCAUCGGACAGCUGGCCGGGGGCUGGCCGGCGGCGGCGGGGGGGAGGCCCGUGCGGGUGCAGCAGCUCUACAGGCCGAGCCCCCACCCGACCGAGACCCCUUACCGGUAACCCCCCCCCCAACGUAGGGGAGACUUGGCUCGGAACAAAAAAAAGACCCAGACAUGGGGGAAGGAGGUGAAACCGAUAAAACUGUGAGCAGACCGGUCUGCCCCCCACCCCCCACCCCUCCUCUCCUCCUCUCCUCUCGCGCUGGAGACUACUCAGACCCCGGAGACUACUCAGACCCCUCCAUGACACGCCCACGGAGAUGAAGAGGUGUGGUGCGGGGAGCAGGGAUCCAUCCCACUUUAUUGCUAGAGAGAGAAUGGGAAGGGAAAGCGAUGCAUCAAAUGACGCCCGAUUGGGAGUUUUAGAGAAUCUUAUUUUUAAUCAUGUCACCAUUUGAGAGUGACGUUGGGUUAAGAAGCACAGCUACGGCGGGCAUUAUGGUUGUAAUAGUUGGUUGGGAGACGCCAACGUCCAUGUGGCUUCACCAAACCAUAAUGCAACUUGUCAUCAGACAAACUGCCAUUGUUGUUCAUUUGUCUUACACUCCUUAUUACAAAAUGGGUAAAGAUACAGUUGUCUAAAUUAAGGUUGCAAUUGAAAAAAUGUUUGUAUUUAUAGCAGAUGGUAUUUAUUGUUAACCUGAUAUAGGGCGUGUACGGUGAUAUUCUUUGGCCGGCGAUGUAUUCAGCAUCACUUUUUAUCCUUUUGAGACUGCCUUCCAAAGAGAUUUUUUUUUCUUUCUUGCCCAAUGUAGAUUAAUACCACAAAUGCAACACUAUAGGAGUACCCCAAAAUAGUCCACCAUUGGCUUUUUGAUGAACGGUGCUGGGUCACACGUCUGUAAGGGAGUGAUUUUAUUUAUUCAUGUAAAUCCUAUUUUAAAUGCUUGGCUUCAAAGAUUCUUGUGUACCGUGGUAAACAUGAAGCAGCAUUUUUUUCUGUUGUUAAAUGUUUAGUCUUUCAGUGUUUCCAGACCCUGAAAUGUGUCUGUGUAUCAUUGCAGUGAGGGUGCUGUUAUUUCAAAAGCCUUAUGUUGUGAUUUAUAAGAAAGCAUCUCAAGAAUAGGAAAGCAUUUCAAGUCAAUCUUCGGUUCAAGUAUUUUAUUUUGAAAGGGAAUGCAUACGAGUGCAGUUGUGGCGGUUACUUGUACUCAUCUCCAUAUAGGAUCCAGUUAGUUUUUUACAAUUUUUCUUUCUGAAGUAUUUAACUCUGAAUGCAUGUCUGUACUAUAGAAGACCAGGAAUCUGGUCUGCUAUACGUCAAGAAAAAUAAUUGCCUUGUGCAGGUCAGGAAUCGAACCAAACAUUGCCAUGUUGUUGUCCACUCAGGGUCAUUUACAAAAAAACGAAACAAAUGCAUUUUUUCCUAUGCAUUUCGUUUGAAUGAUGUAUCAUGCGUUUGCUCCUACCAAGCCCUGUAGCACACUGAGACCCAGGUUAAAGGGUUGAAUUGUGCCCAGGGAGGGUCAUUCAUGCUUGUGCAUGCCCGUGUUUGCCUCAAAUAAUUUGAUGUAAAAGUGUUUUGUUUUUUGUUUCUUUUUUAAUACAGGGAUUGACUGCUACAAUUCAAAACUUUAAUCGGCCUUUCAUUUCAUACAUUUUUUCUGGGGGGGAGAUAAUCUUUUUUUGGACUGAACUUGUUAAUUCAAUACAAUACAACGUCCUCAAUUGACUUGACCUAUCUUGACUGAUGGUUCUCAAAUGGAUGAUUGUUUUGAAGCUGGUGGCCAUUACAGUGAUGUUUGUGGGGACAUCUUUUCACAACGGCCCAGUCCAAGAAAGCCCACCGUACGUCACUUGUGUCAUAUCAAGAAUCGGCUAUUCCCAGCAGCCUCCUGAUGGGGCCUGAAAUACAUUGAUAAUACGCUCUCCGUCCAAAUAACCAGAUGCUAUACACUUGACGUCUCUGUCAAUUGGCAACACCGUUGCGUGUUCUUAGUGUGAGUGCCGGCGCUGAUGUGAGACGAAUACGCACCGUGUCGGAGCAUAUCAGUGUUGCCCACGAGUGACGACAAGCUAAUAAUAUUCCUGUCCAGCCAGAUAUGGAUGGCAGUGUGUGUGUGUGUGUGUGUGUGUGUGUGUGUGUGUGUGUGUGUGUGUGUGUGUGUGUGUGUGUGUGUGUGUGUGUGUGUGUGUGUGUGUGUGUGUGUGUGUGUGUGUGUGUGUGUGUGUGUGGCCCCCCCAUGGCAGCUAAACUAUGUGCAUCUGUGUAGUGCCCCCUAAGCAGGACCCUUCUGAAUUUGACCUCCCGGGCCUCUGAGGAUAAAUGUUGCUGCAAAGUGGGUACUGACAUGAUGACAUGGAUGGUGACGGCCUGGAAAAGACCUGAGCCUUCACCCAGCCAGCGCACGCCAUUAUACAGCUAAUGGAACAUUUGAUAUUCAGCUGAAUUAUUUGGGUUCUUUUUUUUAUAAUGGAGAAAAUGUUGGGGUUUUGUUCUUGCCUACUUUCGGUCACGCAACAAGUAACAGAUGUCGGUACUCUACAAUCAGGAAAACUGGUCCAAACUAGUUCAUAUAAGAGUAGCAUUUCCCCCGUUGUUAAAGUAAUGGUAGUCGAUAAAAUCCAAAAUAUUAAACAUACUACUUUUCACCCUGUAGUGGUUCAGUGACUGAAGUUAUAUUUUAUGUUUGUCAAAUGGGUUAUAUCACUAUACUUAGUGUGAUACUGUAAAACCAUUGUCCCUGUUAAUGGUGAUAAAACAAAAUAAUGAAAGAAAUGCAGCUGUUGAAACCCUAACUCUGUUUGAGUGGGGGACGGUUCAGUUAUACUUUAUCAUCGUCUGAAAGACCAGCUCUAUUAUAGGCUUAGUGACCACUUGUUUGACCUAUUUGCUUUCUCACUUGUUCUGGGUCAUGGAUGCAUAUGUUUGUGUGUAUGCAUUUCAUUGCAUGCAUAUGCAAAUGCAUAUUGUGUAUUCAUGUAUUUGAUCUAUUUAAGUAUAUUAAUAAUGAAGUAUUUAAGGACAAGAGCAGCACUUGGUAGCUAUGAAUUCUCUGACUGCUAUGUGAUGUGAAUGUGGUCUAACGAAGACCACUGCCCACGUGAUUUGGUCAUGGUUACCUUCCGGCUGUUGUAAUGAAGGUGACGUUAUCCAAGUAUCAAAACAAAAUUUAAAACACACAUGAAUGAGAUGAUCAAUUCUCUGGAAUCCCCUUGAUGAUAUAAGAUAAACUAUGCAAUGUGGGCCAAAAAUAGUCCUCAUCCAAAGAGAGAAUACUUUCAAGUGCUUCAACUAAUUGAGUCAUUUGUUUUUGCCAUACGAUGACUGCACAAAUAUAGUUACAGCUAAAGAAAGCAAAGUUAUCUCUUGUGACAUCAACCAACAUGCGUUCUUUACGCUAGAUCCUAAUUCUCCAUUUUUUUCAGUAUCUUUGCUCAGUGCUUCUGGUUUGGCCUUACAGAGAUCAAAGAAUGACUUGUUUUGUUCUCUUUCAAUUGCUUUUGUCCUUUAUUGACAAGUUAAAACACAUCUUGCUUUGCCUUAGGCCUAUUUUAAAGAGGAAACGUCUCGGAGGCUGCGGGGGUAUGUUCAUGUGCAUGCUUGUGAAUUGUUCAGGCAUUCUCCGCACACAACCAUAAGAAUUACAUUAAAGUAUCAGCAAGAUAAUAGAGGAAAUAUGAAAUCAAGUGGAGAAACACCUUGCUGCUGUGCAUUCAGCUACACUCUUUGCAACAUUUAAGUGACCUUAUGAAAUGUGUUUACAUGUGAAAUAACCUUUUUUUUCUUCCAUAGAAGCACACGUCAAUAAAAUGCAUUGUCAAAGUGAUGAUCGUAGUCAAUGUGAAGGGCUGUGAAUAAAAUUAACAUAAACCCUC